CCCAAAGGUCGCCCAAAGCGCCUCCUCGGUAGCGCGUUCGCGCCUCUUUUCUCCUCUCCACCCCCGUUUUCCUCUCCUCUUCGAACCCUAGUUUGCCCCGCAUCGCUGCAGUGCUUGUCGCCGGAGCUCCGUCCAUUAGGGCUUUUCUCGGAGCGAAGGAGGAGGCUACCGCUUCUUCUCCGGCGCCGGCAAUGGCCGCUCGCGCCGCCAAACGCCCGAAGCUCAACCUGCGAGGGGAAGAUGAUUAUCUGCCGGGGAAUAUAGUGGAGAUCGAGAUCCACAACUUCAUGACUUAUGAUCACCUCAAAUGCAAGCCCGGGUCACGCCUUAACCUCGUCAUCGGUCCCAACGGCUCCGGGAAGAGCUCGCUUGUCUGCGCCAUUGCCCUAGGUCUCGCCGGAGAACCGCAGCUUCUUGGAAGGGCUUCGAGUGCUGGGGCCUUUGUGAAGCGAGGCGAGGAGUCUGGAUAUAUAAAGAUAUCUCUAAGAGGCGAAGUUUUGGAGGAGAAGAUUACUAUUAUGAGGAAGAUUGACACUCAGAACAGGUCCGAAUGGAUGCUCAAUGGUGUAGCAGUGCCGAAACGAGAUGUUAUUGAGAUCAUUAAAAGGUUUAAUAUCCAAGUUAACAAUUUGACUCAAUUCUUGCCACAAGAUCGUGUCUGUGAGUUUGCUAAGCUAACUCCGGUACAACUGUUAGAAGAAACCGAAAAAUCUGUCGGUAAUCCUGAACUACCAGUUCAGCAUCGAGCACUCAUUGAGAAAAGUCGCCAGCUGAAUAAACUUAAAACUUCUGUGGAGCAAAUUGGAGAUACUUUGAAUCAACUUAAGGCUCUCAAUGCUGAGCAAGAAAAGGAUGUAAAGCGUGUUCGUCAGAGAGAGAAACUGUUGGCAAAGGUUGAGUCUAUGAAAAAGAAACUACCAUGGCUCAAAUAUGAUAUGAAGAAAAUGGAAUACAAGGAAGCACAGAAACAAAUGAAUGAAGCCAAGAGGAAGCUGGAUGAAACUGCUAAAAUUUUGAAUGAUCUUAAAGGACCAAUCGCGGAGCAGAAGAAAGCAAAAUUAAAGCAAGAAUCAACUUGCAAGAAAAUAAGCAAUCAAAUAGCCCAAAAUGCUGAAAAGCGUAAGGAAGUUACCGAGAAGGAAACCCGGAUGGGGGUGCAAGUACGAGGAAAAUAUGCUGAAAUGGAAGAUUUAAAAAAACAGGAGGACACUCGUCAACAAAGGAUCAUGAAAGCUAAGGAGGAACUUAUGGUUGCUGAAAGGGAGCUUGCAGAUCUUCCAAUCCAUGAACCUCCAAAAGAUGAAAUCGAGAGACUACGUUCUCAAAUAUCGGAGCUACAAUGUGAUGUGCAUGAAAUGACAUCUCAGAGGACAGAAAAGGAACAACUCUUAGUUCAGAAGAAAUUGACCUUGAGACAGUUUGUUGAUAGGUUGAAGGAGAUGGAAAAUAAGAACAAUAAACUUCUUCAAGCAUUACGGAAUUCUGGUGCAGAUAAAAUAUUUGAAGCUUAUAAGUGGCUACAAGAACAUCGUAGUGAGUUAAAUAAAGAAGUAUAUGGUCCUGUCCUUCUCGAGGUAAAUAUUCAAAAUCAGGGUCAUGCAACCUAUUUGGAAAAUCAUGUGCCGAACUAUAUAUGGAAGUCCUUCAUUACUCAGGAUUCUACUGACAGAGAUUUCUUGGUGAGAAAUCUAAAGUCGUAUGAUGUUCCCAUUCUAAACUAUGUAGGAGACAGACACACUAAUAGAGUGCCAUUCCAACUUUCUCAUGAGAUGCGUGAGCUUGGUAUCUACUCCCGGCUUGAUCAAGUUUUUGAUGCUCCAGAUGCUGUUAAAAAUGUCUUGAUUAGCCAAGCUGCCUUAGAACAUUCCUACAUUGGCUCCCGUGAAACUGAUCAAAGGGCAGAUGAGGUAUCACGUUUAGGUAUAUUAGAUCUCUGGACUCCAGAAAGUCAUUAUCGAUGGUCCAUUUCAAGAUAUGGUGGCCACAUGUCAGCAAGUGUUGACCCAGUGCAUCCAUCCCGCCUUUUUUUGUGCACUGUGGAUGCUGGUGAAGUAGAAAGGCUGAGGUCUAGAAAGAUGGAACUGGAAGAUACCAUUGCAGAAAUGGAGGAAAACCUGAAGGGGCUUCAGAGGAAACAGAGACAGUUGGAAGAUGAAGAAUCUAACUUCCGUAAGCAGCUUGAUGCAAUUGUUGCAACUGCAACUCAGGAGAAGCGGAGGCGUCAGGAAAUGAAAAACCGUGUUGAUCAAAGGAGAAGGAAACUUGACUCGUUGAAUAAUGAGGAUGACUUGGAGUCACAUACAGAAAAGCUUAUUGAUCAAGUUGUCCAAUUGAAUGAGCAACGCUUCCAAAUGGCAAGUAAAAUUAAGAGGUUUCUUGUUGAAGCUGUUGCUCUCAAAUGGAGCUUUGCAGAAAAGCAUAUGACGUGUAUUGAGCUUGAUGCAAAGAUGAGGGAAAUGGAAGUGGAUGUCAAGCAACACGAGAAGUCUGCUCUCCAAGCAGCCACACACUUCACCAAUUGUGAAAGAGAAACUGAGAAGUGUAAGCAACAGCUUCUGGAAGCAAAACAUCAUGCAGAAUCAAUUGCCAUAAUCACUGAAGAACUUGCCAAAGAGUUUGUCGAGAUGCCUGGUACAAUAGAGGAACUAGAAGCUGCAAUUCAAGAUACUAUAUCUGAAGCAAAUUCCAUUUUAUUUCUUAAUCAGAACAUUCUUCAAGAGUAUGAAAGUCGUCAACGCAAGGUAGAUGCACUAGCAGCUAAACUUGAAGAAGAUGAUAGAGAACUUAAGAGAUGUUUAUCUGAAAUUGAAACCUUAAAGGAGAAUUGGCUUCCAAUGCUGCGAAAUCUUGUUGCCAAGAUAAAUGAGACAUUCGGUCGUAACUUUCAAGAGAUGGCUGUUGCUGGAGAAGUUUCACUUGAUGAGCAUGGAAUGGAGUUUGAUAAAUAUGGAAUACUUAUAAAAGUGAAGUUCAGGCAAACGGGACAACUUCAAGUGCUGAGUGCGCAUCACCAAUCUGGAGGGGAACGUUCGGUUUCAACAAUUCUAUAUCUAGUUUCUCUUCAAGAUCUCACAAGCUGCCCAUUCCGUGUUGUAGAUGAGAUAAAUCAAGGGAUGGACCCUAUCAACGAAAGGAAAAUGUUCCAACAACUUGUGAGAGCGGCAAGCCAGCCAAAUACACCUCAAUGUUUCUUGCUGACACCGAAGUUGCUACCUGAUCUAGAGUACAGUGAUGCUUGUAGCAUUCUGAAUAUAAUGAAUGGUCCGUGGAUUGAGAAACCUGCUAAAGUGUGGAGCCGUGGGGAAUGUUGGGGAGUGGUGAUGAGUUUUGGCCAGCAAGAGUUUGAGUUGAGCAUUGAGUAGCCUUCGAACCAGGUUGCUGCAUCUACUCUUCAUAUGCAUGGCUAUCCAUCCCAAUAUUUUUGGAUGGUUUUUUGUAAUAUUUUUCAUCUUGAGGAUUAUGCUUCCGAGCUGAUAUCUGUAUAGUUCAUGCUAGGGCAUGAUGUUGAUAUUUAUAAAACUGAUAGUAGGGCAUCGUAAUGCUAUCCAAAAUGUGAAGGAAACAAUGUAUCCCCAUCUCAGUGUUGUUUUUGUACUACGGCAAUUCUAGCAUAUCCUCUUUUUUCA